CUGCUACACAUUCAAUUUUUAUUGCGUCAAUAUUUAUACGAGUCGUGUUUUCACAGGAAAGAUUAUUUAAAAAUAGUAUUUAUUUAAUUUUAGUACGUUUUUUUUAAAUUUCUCUAGAAAACCGAAGAAAAGCAUGUUUGGCAAUAAUAAUGCCUUAUUUGAAAAAAGAGUUAAAAGAAAUUAUUGGAGUAAACAAUGGUUCCUAGAUCGGAAAAAAUUCACUCAUUUAAAAUUAAUGGACAGAAUUAUUCUAUAUAAAGAAAUGACAGAUUGAAAAUUAUUUCCGCAUGUCCAUUGACAAUUUCGAAUUCCCCCUGCAGUUAGUCGACCCAUUUUAAAAAAAGCAAGACACCGUAUUGAGGAAACCAAUUACGAAACGAAAUGGACUCCUGGCUUAAACACACUAUAUUAUCAGAGGACCCAGAUUUAUCAACCAUUUGCUUCAAAUUGCUCACAUGGUUGGAAACAGAAUUUUGGGGCACAAUGACAUAUAAACAUAUUGAAACAAUCCUUGCGGGUGCUGUGUUCGUUGAUAUCAUAUUGGAUACCGUGGGAGAAGAAAUAACUAAAGAUUUAAUGGAGAAAUAUCGACAACACAAAAUAUUUUUAAAAGAUUAUUGUAAAACACUAAGGGAAGUUGGGGCUACUUGCCAUACAGUAUCUAAUAUUUUAGCAACUUCCGAUGGCUAUAAAUACGUUUUUACGAUGGAAAAUAUUUUAAAACACUUUCUUACUGAUGUUAACUUGAUUUACAAUUCUAAUGUGCCAAAAGCAAAAUUAAGUCCACAUAAUUCCAAGUAUAAAAUGUUGCUAAUAAUUCAAAGAAUAUUCCAGUUACCACCCAAAAACAUUGAUAUUUCGGUGGAUAGAUUAUUGUGUCACAGUGAUUUUUCAUUAAUUGGACACAUUUUUUUGGAAGAAACAAACAGUCUUCAUAUUAGCAAAUAUAAAAUUUUAGAACAUAAAAUUUGCAAAAAAAUUGCCGAGGGAAAUAUAAAUUCAUCUUUUAUAAAAUCGAUGUACGUAACUGCCUCAAAUUCAUUGAAGGGGAAAACUUUUUUCAAAUCAUGCCUUAGAAAUGAUGUUUUUGCCAAUAGUGUGGUAACAUUUUUCAUAUUAUUUUUUGAAAAAAUUGAGAUUAACAUGACUGCAAAUUCACAACAUAACUUAUCUGACAUAUUUUAUUUAGUCCAUUGUGUACUGUGUACAAAAACACCUUUUUGUUCUCAAUUGUAUACAAAAAUACGUACUAACAAAACCAUUGCGCAACUUAUAAAAAAAUCGUUUUUUCUUUAUUAUUAAAUGUUAUUGUAAGUACGUUUGUCUAAAUUAGUUUCCAAUAAAAUUUGUGAAUAUUUAUUUAACUCAUAAA